AUGGUUGGUUGGUUACAACUUUUGGUCUACAUGUCAUUAUCUACCAUGGUAUACGCUGAACUGAGACAUGAUGAUCACGAUGAUCGCUUUGCCAUUCAAUCUUACCGUUUUGGAUUUCAUAAAGAACUCAAAAACGCAAAUCAAUGCUUUGCGGACACUAGUAUUUGUAUUCAAGUGGGUUUUUUGUGAUCUAUAUUAUAUUAUACUGGGUUACCUUAGAGUUAUGUGGGGGGGGAGGAGAGAGAUAAUAAGUGUUAAAGUGCAAUAGAAGAAAAGAUAGAGCAAGAAUAAAGCUACAGAAUGAUUAUAUAGGGUAUGGUCAAGCAUAGGGCAAAGCAGAGCAAAGACAGGGUAAGGGAAAGCAAGGGUAGAUGAAGAUUAAAGCAAGACAAGCUGAGAAUCGUAACAUAAAGUAGGAUGGGGUAUGCUAGGGUAAGGGUAGGGUAGGGUAGGGUAAGGUAGGGUAGGGUAGGGUAGGGUAGGGUAGGGUAGGGUAGGGUAGGGUAGGGUAGGGUAGGGUAGGGUAAGGUAGGGUAGGGUAGGGUAGAGUAGGGUAGGGUAGGGUAGGGUAGGGUAGGGUAGGGUAGGGUAAGGUAGGGUAGGGUAGGGUAGGGUAGGGUAGGGUAGGGUAGGGUAGGGUAGGGUAGGGUAGGGUAGGGUAGGGUAGGGUAGGGUAGGGUAGAGUAGGGUAGGGUAGGGUAGGAUACUAUACUGUACGGUCUGGUACGGUACUUUAAAACCCAUAAUGCUGUAUUUUCAGUACCGCAAAGGCACAGUACGUCUCGAUUUGUCCGUGUACAAUCCUUGUUUGGAAUUCGCCGAAACUUGUUUGGGCAUACCGGUCGAAGACUUUGUCGAGGUUUUGGGCAUAGAAUACGGAGAAUUACCUCACGACGUUGAUUGGAAUGUUAUUAUUUGA